CGAUAAAUCCCGUUAGUGUCAACAAGUGGAUAAUAUGUGGAAAAGUCAAGCGAACAGAUUACAAAUAAAUAAAUAACGAUUAGAAUAUUUGUGAAAAAGCAACAAAGCGAAAAAGUAUAAUUGCCGACUGUGGACAUUGGUGUUUCGACAUCAUCUGUUUUCGAAUGCGUCAUCUACAAAAAAGGCCAUUGCACCGUUUGACGAAUAAAAAAAUUUUUUUUCUACCGACACUUAGUCAAAACAAAUAAGCAGAGCCAAUAAAAGAUAAAUAAAAGCCAAAUCAGCUGAUAAAAACAUUGAAAUUACUGAAAAGCACACAAAGUUAAUAAUUCAAUAGAAGACUAUACAAAAAAAAAGAAAGAAAUACUUAACUAAAUUAUAAUUGAAAGUGAAUUUAGUAUUUUCAACACAUGGAUGACGAGUUGGAGGAUAAAGUCUUUUACCAAGCAUACGUUUCCCACAUGAAGAUCCUAUCGAAAUUCGCUGUGGGCUUUUCGUCCAUUAAUUCACCCUUAGCAUACAUAUGGAAGCUAUGCCGUCUCUAUGUCUUACGACCCGAAGUCAUAUUUUUCGGUGUGAUUCUAUUCAUUUUCUUAAUUUACUUACAAGCUGUUGACACAUGGAGUCGUGGCUUAUUGGGACGUAUACAGACGACAUUGGGACGUCAGAAAGCGAAUCGUUUGAAGCAAAUUAACGAUGGUAGUGGACAAGGAGAUUAUCAAUGUUGGCGGGAAUUGCGUCAACAGAGUUCUGUAUAUGCGCUUUUGGGACGUAGACCGCGUAUGGAAGACAGAUACAUCAUUGAAGAGAAUAUCAAUAACAACACAGGCAUCUCAUUUUUUGCCAUUUUCGAUGGUCAUGGCGGUGAAUUUGCUGUCGACUUCGCUAAAGAUAUUUUGGUGAAAAAUAUUUACAAUAAAAUUAUUGAAAGCACAAAAUUACUCAAUAAUCAGCACUUGUCCGAUGGCAGCAGUAGAAAGGCAGCUGCACACGAUGCUGAUUACGUGGAGUAUGACGCGAGUCCAUAUCUGAAGAGGCGUGCAAGCCGUAAGGACGAUAGUAAUAAAGAGAAUAAUGAACCGUCGGUGCGGCGUCGCGAUAGUCUGCGCAAGGCACACAGCACCGCAGACGAUUGCAAAGCAUCAACCGGUGACAAACAACAAAAAGACACCGAUGUAUUCACCUCCAAGCUUAAUUCACUGAUGCGUGGCAGUAACGCAGCGAAAGAUACGCUCUUCGGUGUUGGUGGUGGCAAGGAUGCGGGCAGCGCUGGUGGACCGCCACAAAAUUUCGAUGCCAAAUGUUACAUUGAAAAUGGUAAAAUCAAUUUUGGCAAAUUAAUCACAGACGAAGUGCUCGCAGCCGAUUACAAGCUGGUUGAGGCUGCUAAGAAGACGACAAACAUUGCCGGCACCACAGCACUCAUCGCAAUCAUCGAAGGCAGCAAACUGACGGUGGCGAAUGUGGGCGACUCACGUGGCGUCAUGUGUGACGCACGCGGCAUAGCGAUACCGCUCUCAUUCGAUCACAAGCCGCAACAGGUGCGUGAACGCAAGCGCAUACACGAUGCUGGCGGGUUCAUCGCAUUUCGUGGCGUGUGGCGUGUGGCCGGCAUUUUAGCGACAUCACGUGCGCUCGGCGAUUAUCCGCUGAAAGAUAAGAAUCUAGUCAUAGCCAAUCCAGAUAUACUGACAUUCGACCUGAAUGAUCACAAACCCGCAUUUCUUAUACUCGCCACCGAUGGCCUGUGGGAUACCUUCAGCAAUGAGGAGGCUUGCACAUUUAUCAAAAAACAUCUGCAUGAAAAUGAUUUUGGUGCCAAAGCGUUAACGAAGGAAUCAUAUCAACGUGGUUCCGUGGACAAUAUCACCGUAUUGUUGGUGGUUUUUCGCAAUGGCAACUAUCGUAUUAGUUCGGCAACAACAACAACAACAACAACGAAUGCGUCAGAGGCAACACAAAUGGCUAAUAAUAAAGCAGCAGCAGCAACAGCAGCAACAACAGAAAAAAAUGUGAAUUUUCCCAUAGCAAAUAGUGCAGCGAAAUUUCCCGUUACAAAUUUGACACGCUCAAAUAGUGGCGUUGGUGCGAAAUAGAUUUAUCUUUUCUAUUUUCUCUUUUGGAUUCAUACAAAAUAUAUGUACAUAUAUGUAUUUGUAUGUAUGGAUAGGUUACAUAAUCCGUACAGUGUAUUUGUAGGUGAAGAAUUGAAAAAGGUGGAAAGCCCAAAAAUUUAGCGUCUUCUUUGGAAAGAAGUGUACAGCGCAUAGACACAUAUAUAUAUAUACAUAUAUAUAUGUAAGAGUAUGUAUUUAGAAAGGCAAAAAUAAAUUAAAAAAAAAACAAUAAUAAUAUAU